AGGAGGAGACGGAUUCACAAGACCCAGAACCAGAACCAGAGGAGCUGCUUCAUUCUGACCGCCUCCAGGUUGAUCACCGCCGGCUGUCCUAGAAGCAGAAAUGCCCAGGACCCGCUCUCAGGCCCCGGUUCAGCCCACCAUCCCGUUCCCGCGCCGCAGGUCCUCUAAGACGCUCCAAUCCUCUAAUGCAACGGAGGCCAAGCCCCCGAUUUCUCCGAGGCGGACCGACAGACCGUCCCCCCUGUCGCCGGUACGCGGCGCUGCCACCCAGAGCCGCCUUCCCUCUCCCCCAUCUCUGUUUCCACGAAGACCUGCAGCUCAGAACCCCCCACCAACGCCGCCAUGCUCCCCCAACCAGCAGGCCAGACUCCCUCUGAGUCCUCGGAAGCGCACAGGAGACGAUAACGGCUGCAACGUGCCGUGUUCCCCCCCGAAGCUCAACAGGUCCAGUCUGGCAUCGCCACGGAAACUGGGCUUCGAUGAGAACAAGCCGGCGUCCUCUGGUCCCCUGAAGCUGACCCCUCCCUGUCAGCGGCGCUCUCCUCACAGACAGGAAACGCCUCCAGGCAGCCCCGUCCUUAACAACCCAGAGAAGAAGCCCCCCGCCGUCCGCCUGUUUGCAGACAAGUCCAGGUUUCAAAGCGUAAAGCAGGCCCUCCACACCGCCAUGCCGGAGCGCCUCCUGUCCAGGGAGGAGGAGCAGGCGUCCAUCCGCUCCUUCCUGCAGGACAAGGUGCUGCAGAACGUCCCCGCCAGCCUCUACAUCUCAGGGGCCCCGGGGACCGGCAAGACCGCCUGCCUGAACUGCAUCCUGCAGGAGAUGAAGGCUGAGCUGGCGGCGGUGAAGACCCUGGUGGUGAACUGUAUGACCCUACGGAGCUCUCACGCCAUUUUCCGUCUGCUGGCCCAGCAGCUGAAGACCAGCGGUGGACAGAGUGGCCUGCAGAGGUUCCUGACGGCCCCGGGGCCCACUGUACUCCUGGUUCUGGAUGAAAUGGACCAGCUGGACAGCAAGGCUCAGGACGUCCUCUACACCAUCUUUGAAUGGCCCUACCUGCCGCGGUCCCGCCUCUGUCUCAUCGGUAUCGCCAACGCCUUGGACCUGACGGACCGCAUCCUGCCCAGACUGCAGGCCCAGCCUCACUGUCGCCCCCUGCUGCUGCAUUUCCCCCCCUACAGCCGCCAGGAGCUGGCCACCAUCAUCCAGGACAGACUCUUAAAGGCUUCAGCCGAGGGGAUGUUGGACUCGUCCGCCGUCCAGUUCUGUGCCAGGAAGGUAUCGGCCGUUUCCGGAGACGCCAGGAAGGCUUUGGACAUCUGCAGGAGAGCAGUGGAGGCUGCAGAGGCAGCUGAACGCCAGAAGACGUCCAAUCAGAGCGGGGAAGCUAAAGUGGGUCUCCCCCAGGUGGUCAGGGUUCUGUCGGAGGUGUACGGCGACCGCAUGGCGUCUCAGAGCGGCGCGGAAGGAGAGAGCUUCCCUCUGCAGCAGAAGCUGCUGGUCUGCUGCCUCCUGCUGGUGAUCCGCAGCGGGAAGAGCCGAGAGGUCCACCUGGGAAAGCUCCAUGAGGUCUACAGCCGGCUGUGCUCCCAGAGGCAGGUGUCUGCGGUCGGGCAGGGGGAGUGUUUGGCGCUCUGCGAGCUGCUGGAGAGUCGAGGAAUCUUCGCUUUGAAGAAGAACAAGGAGGCCCGUCUCACUAAGGUGUUCCUGAAGAUCGAGGAGAAGGACGUGGAGAACGCUCUGAAGGACCGAACGCUGCUGGGCAGCAUCCUGGCUGCUGGCCUUCCUUCAUGAUCUAGAGUUAUUUAAAAUGAUCCUUUCUAAUUUUUUAAGGGAUUUUAAGUUUUUUUAUUUUUUAACCUGUUCAGUUUUUUGGACUAUGAGAUGUUCAUUUUUUUUUUUUCUGCUGUAAAUAAAAAGAUUUACAGACUUUUA